UACAGAGAGUUCGUUCAGUCCCCGACGCCCGAUAGCCAACGCGCGUAGGAAAGAAACAAGCUAAAAGGAUAACCGCUUUGCUUUAUACUAAAAAAAACUUUCUUGGAGUAUAAAAAAAAUUUUUCUGACGUAGUAACUAAGCAUUAUUACAAAGCCACUUUUACUCAUAUUAUUUAUUUACUCAAAAUAUUAAAUAAAUAAAUAAAACAAGUGUAUAAAAUUAUUAUUUUUUUAAUUUAAAGCAAAAAAAAAAUUAUAAUUAAAAAAAAAAAAAACAGUUGGUGCAGCAUUGUUGAUCCAGUAACACGCGACUCUAUAUAUUGGACAAAAAAAAAAAAAGGAGUAAUUUGAGUGUCAAAUGACAUUUAUAGAUUAGUGAAUUAUUUAAAAAAAUAAAAGAAACAAUAGUGGGUGUUAUUAAUUGUGAAAUAAUAGUUGAUUUGAGUAAAAAAAAAGAAGCGCCAUGUUUGACGUAUUUGGAUCUGUAAAGGGUCUAUUGAAGCUUGAUGAAGUAUGCGUUGAUAACAAUGUAUUUAGAUUGCAUUAUAAAGCAACAGUUAUAAUAUUAAUAGCAUUUUCAUUAUUAGUAACAUCAAGACAAUAUAUUGGUGAUCCAAUUGAUUGUGUUGUUGAAGGUGUACCAGAAAAUGUAAUGGAUACAUAUUGUUGGAUAUAUUCAACAUUUACAAUACCAAAUAGAGUUAAUGGUGAAAUUGGUAAAAGUAUUGCACAUCCUGGUGUAUAUGGAAAUGUUGAAGGAGAAGAUGAAGUUAAAUAUCAUAAGUAUUAUCAAUGGGUAUGCUUUUGUUUAUUUUUUCAAGCAAUGUUAUUUUAUGUACCACGUUAUUUAUGGAAAUCAUGGGAAGGUGGUAGAAUUAAAUCACUUGUAAUGGAUUUAAAUUGUCCAGUUGUCAGUGAAUCAUGUAAAAUUGAACGUCGUGGUUUAUUAGUUGAUUAUUUUCGUGCAAAUUUACAUCAACAAAAUUUUUAUGCAUAUAGAUUUUUUUUUUGUGAAAUAUUAAAUUUUAUAAAUGUAUUUGGACAAAUAUAUUUGAUGGAUGUAUUUUUGGGUGGUGAAUUUACAACAUAUGGAAGAGAUGUAUUAUGGUUUUCUGAAAUGGAACCAGAAGAAAGAUCAGAUCCAAUGGCUCGAGUAUUUCCAAAAGUAACUAAAUGUACAUUCCAUAAAUAUGGUCCAUCUGGUUCUAUACAAAAAUUCGAUGGUCUUUGUGUAUUACCAUUGAAUAUUGUUAAUGAAAAAAUAUAUGUAUUUUUAUGGUUUUGGUUUAUUGCAUUAACAAUAUUGAGUGGUUUAAGUUUAAUAUACCGUAUGGUUGUUGUUGGUUGGCCAAGACUUCGUCUUGUUUUAUUACGUGCAAGAUCACGUUUAUCAAGACAACAAGAAGUUGAAACAAUUGCUGAUAGAUUCCAAAUUGGUGAUUGGUUUGUACUUUAUCAACUUGGAAAAAAUAUUGAUCCACUUAUAUACAAAGAUCUUGUAUCUGAUUUGGCAACAAGACUCGAGGGAAAACAACUAGUUUAAAAUCAACAUUAUUUCUAUUUAAACUACAACAACAAAAACAACAACGACAACAAUGAUACUAAUAAUAUAAGAAUAAUAAUUAAUACAACGAUACUUCAUUUUAUUUACAAAAGGAUAUUGUGCUGACACAAUAAAACAUUCAAUUUUUUAUUUAAAAAAAAAAAAAAAAACUCAAAACAUACACAUUAUUUUAAUUGUGAGUAAAAUAUAAAUGAGCUCAUCGAUCAGUAUCAAUCGGUAUGUAUAAAUCGAUUAGAGUCGACAAUUUAAAUCUACAAUAUAUAUAAUUAUUUAUUUAUUUUUUUUUCUAUUCAAGUUUUCUUUUGCACUAAAAAGUUCUUUUUGUUUUUUACACUAAAAAGUUCUUCUUUUUUUUUAAUGAUGGUCAAUGCAUUUUAUAAUAAAUAUUCUUGUAAAAAAAUAAAUAAAUAAUUAUAUAUGCACGUGUCGAAAAUAAAGACACAUAUAUAUUUUUACAAAAUAUAAAUCUUUGAAUGAUAAGAGAAAAGAUUAGUCGACUCUAAUUGUGUGAUAAAUGGCGAACGGUAUUAUCCUUUUUUUUUUCUAUUAGUGCAUUGUAAUGAGAUUUUUUUUUUGUUGUAAAAAUUUAAUCUUUACUUUGCACUUUAUUAAAAUUUAUCCUCCCACUCAUCUGUUAAAUCCAAUCCCUAUUGUCAUUAUCGUCAUUAACUUUCUCACGCUGCUGCUGCUGCCUUUUUUUUCAUAAAAAUUUAAAUAACAUGUGGCUGAAUCAUUGAUGAUUUAUCAUUCACAUAAAUAUACAUUGUCUGUGUUAAGAUUAUUUCCUGUUAGUAGUAGAUAUUUCAAGGUUAAAAUUUAUAAUCUUAACAAAAUUAAAAAAUAAUGCAGCUAAAUUUGUUCAUAAUAACUAUUGUUGUAUACCGUUCGUCUAAUAGUGUAACUUUGAUAUCCUGCCAAUUCAUUGUAACAAUUACUUUUUUCUUGUUAACAAUUAUAAUUAUAUACAAAAAUAGUAAAUCUCUCCUUUUAGAUUAUAUACAUAUAUAAAUAUUAAAAUUUGUAGAUAUUUAUAAUUUAAAAUAUUUCUGCAAUUGUAAUCGUUCAUUCCACGAUAAUAGAAAAGGGACCAAAAGGGUAUUAUUGUCAAUUGAACAAUAUAUGUUGAUUCGAUUUAUUUUCUUUUUUUUUUUUUUAUAUUGGUUAAUUAAUU